GUCAUCAUGUGGAAAAAAUUCAAAGCAUUUUACAACAAAGAAAAUUACGAUUUUACUAAAGGGUACAUCGAUGGGUAUGAGUUUCAUAAAACAUUCUAUCAAAUAAUGGUCGCCUUCAAGGUUGCUGAUUUAAGUAACCCGAAUCCACCAUCAUAUUUCAAUCAAAAUUUGGUCAUCUUCAUAUCUGGCUUCACUGCAAUAACGUUCACUUGCACCUCUAUAUUGCAUGGAUUCGAGAGUUUUGAUAUACCUCUCAUAACAGAAGCAGGAACGUACACUAUCGUACUCUUCUACGAGUUGCUGAUAGUUUCCUGUACAUGGCGAUAUUUACCGCAGUUUCAUCAUCUUCUGCGAGCUAUUAAGGAUGACUUUCAUUAUAUUUGUACGACAGGAGAGAAAUACAGAGUGCAGUACUUUCAGGCUCAGUUAAAAACUUGGAAGAUCUGCAUAAUAAUGUCUAUAUUCACCGUGGCCAUUCCUGCGGGGAUGAUUACAUUUGCUACUCUAUCACUGGUGUAUUUCCUAGUUACUUAUGACCCUGAGGUCGGAGGCAGUCGACCACUUUUGUUUCCGUUUUGGAUGCCUAACGUAGACUUUGGCGCGUCACCAGUGUACGAAAUGGCAUUUAUGUUCGCGAAUGUAAAUGUUAUCAUCUACGCUUAUAAUUAUAUCUUUAUGAUCCAAACACAAAUAGUUUGGAUAAGGCAGAUAACUUCAAAAGUUGAUAUCGUCAAUUGGAGUAUCCAAGACUUGCUCGUUGACAUACGACCAGCUACUUCUGAAGAGGAAUCAAUGUAUUACAAUUAUUUAAUACAGACCCGUAUGAGGGAUAUCGUUAUACACAAUCAGGCUAUGUACAGAUUAAUGGAAGAUUACGCGAUUGUGUACAAGAAGUUAUUGAUGUUCGAACAAAAAUGCUGCGGUCCAGUGGUUUGUUUGACUUCUUACUGUCUAGCAUCGAAAUUUGACGAAGGCGAGUUUCAAGCUAUAUUGCUAUUGCUCUGCAUUGCUACUAUUGUUUUGCAUUUUAUACCGAGUUAUUUAUGCACUUUCCUUGCUUUUAAGGUAAGUUCUGUAUGUGACGCUUGUUGGAGCAUUCCUUUCUGGAAUGCAGGCCCCGUGAUACGAACUUACAUGGUCCUUAUAAUGCAACGCUCGCUACGACCCUUGCCGCUCCAGGCUGCCGGCUUUGAAGACAUCUCUAUUGAAACAUUCUCCAAAAAAAUGACAAACGCUUACUCAAUGUUCAAUAUGCUGAGACAAACUAAUCUCUAA